UUGGGGGGUGAGAAUAACAAAAAAAGGGAAUAGGAUUGGCGUACACAAAAACCCUAAAACGGUGGAGAAAGAGGGGUUUACUGUAACCAGAUUCGGACCGAAACCCAUUGACUCUCUGCUUUCUACCUUCAGCUUCACACACUUUUUGCCAAUGGAGGUUCUUCAGCUUCAGAUUCCUUCUCUUCUGGCCCACACUGUCCUCGCUUCUGCCCAAUCUCUCGCUCUCAUUGGAUAUCUGCUGAGUCGUGUCAGUGAUUCGGCAUCUUCAAAUUUGACUGAUGCAAGGUUUCCUUUAGAAGACCUUCGUGAGAGGAAACAUGCUUUCCUAGAAAACAAGAAUAGUGAAACAGAUGAUGAUGAGGAUGAUGACGACGACGACGAUGAGGAUGCACAUGAUGAGGAUGAUGAUGGAGAAGAGGAAUAUUCAGGUGAUGAAGGUGACGAGGAAGGGGGUGAUCCUGAAGAUGAUCCUGAGGCUAAUGGUGCUGGAGGCAGUGAUGAUGGGGAGGAUGAUGAUGACGAUGAUGGGGAUGAGGAAGAUGAUGAUGAUGAGGGGGAAGAUGAGGAAGAAGAGGAGGAGGAAGAUGAAGAGGAGACUCCACAGCCACCAUCUAAGAAGAGAAAGUGAAUUCAGAAUUGUAUUAGUAGGAAAUUGUAUCCCGGGGAAUGGAUUUGAGUCGAGUUUAGUGAUUAGGACAGAAAUUAGUAACCUUGUUGAGUAAACCUAUCUUGCUUUAUUAAAAUGUGAACGAUUAUUAUUGUUAUAUUAAUAUUUCUCAUUGGUUCUAA